ACUCCUGGAUUUCCUAUUGAAGCGGAUCGAUCUAACUGUGGAUUUUCACAUAUCUAGAAACGAGUGAUUUGGUGUAAAAGUGGUUGUAAAUACCCUGUGUGGACUUUGACCUGCGACCAUCACCAUGGUGAACCACAGCUUGGCCCGCGUUGUGCUCAUGUUCGUUGGAUUUUUCUCCUUUUUAGUCUCAAUUACGUUUAACUCUCUAUCUGGAUUCGGGGCAAAAUCAGGUGUUUUCAAGCAGUCAACAGAGGAUGUGACAGUGAAGUAUACGACCCCCAUAACUCCUGCUCAAUGGGCUCUGUUUGUGUGGGACUUGAUAUAUGUUUGGGCGUUUGCCAUGUACAUAUACUUCUUAGUGGGACUCUGCAGAAGGACGGCGUAUGAUUGGCUGUACACCACGCCUGCAGUGCUGCCUUAUGGAUUUCACGUCUGUCUCAUCAUCAAUAACUGCCUGAACAUUACGUGGUUGUUUCUGCUUGACAGAGAGUUGUUACUGCCGGUGCUGUUAACCUCCAUAUUAAUUACGCUCAGCUACUACCUGAUCCUGUGUUUCUCCUGCUAUGGACUGAAGAUCUACGGAGCCUGGCUGAACAAAUAUCACAACACAGACCUCUGGCUCAUCAGGAUACUGGUACAGAAUGGUGUGGCAGUAUAUGCUACAUGGGGGAGUCUCUCCACUCUGCUGAACCUGACGAUGUUCCUGCAGCAUCAGACAGAAACGUCUAAAUGUGAAUGUGCGAUGGUGGCGCUGCUGCUGCUUCUGAUGCAGCUGCUGGUCUGGUUCCUGUUAGAGAACUUCUACGUUGACGAGCAUGUGCGAUAUAUCGUCACCGUCUACCCCGUGGUGAUCCUGUGGCUGACAGGCACUCUGGACAACUCUGCCACUACUAAAAGUGACAUUUACAUCUUUGAAGCUGUGAUCCUGGCUAUUUCCUGCAUUAUGUUGGUGGCUCGCAUCACUCUGGUCGUAUGGAAGCAUUACAAACGGCCGCUGUACAGUGGACCCAGCCAGUCACCUGUGGAAAUCGCAUUAAAGCAAAGAAAACUCUUUCGCUGAGUACUAUCUGAACGAUAAAUACUGUGAUUCAUGUGUUAAUACUGCAAAAAAUGUGUUCAUUAAACGCCUUCUGUUAACGAUGACUGUACAGCUUUUUUU